GGCGCUCUGGUCUUCUGUACCGACUGUGGCAACUUGCUUCACUCAAAUACUGGGCGUAAGGAAUACAUUGCGUGCGAUGUAUGCGGCAUGCAAAAUAAGGACACCUCCUCAAAGGUCGUGAUAACGCACAGCAAACCCAGCGCAUUUCCAUCUGCGCUGAGAACUCGACUCCGAUCGGAUGUGCAAGAAGUUUCCGAAUCCGACAUGCAGGACGCCGCCACGAUUAACCUACCAUGUGAAAGGUGUGGGCAUCCAGAAGUGAAAUUUUACUCGCGACAAUUACGAUCAGCCGAUGAAGGAUCCACCAUUUUCUACACAUGUCCGAAGUGCGCCUACAAGUGGAACGCGAACAACUGA